AACGUCUGAGUUUGCGGCACAUGUGAAAUUCACUUUUUGGCUCGGCGUCUCCGUUUCGUUUUCUUUGUAAAAAAUUGCCUGCGGGUCUGAAUUUUGCUUUGAAUUAACUUAAUUGCUGUGUGUGGAAGACAAAAGAGCCGGGCCAAAUGGAUGAUAAUACCGAGAACGACGAUGGAAAGCGCGUGACGCGGGCUCGCACUCGCCGCCUGUCCGUCUUGGACACGGACAGUCGUCCGAGUACUCCGCAAUUGGUGGAUGCGGCCGCCGAACGCGGUACCGCCUCGCCACGUGCCGCACGCCGCACUCGCCUCAACUCGUCCACUGUGGAUGUGAGGACUCCGACCAGGACCAGACGCGCCUCCUUGGCCCGCGGUGAGACUCCCGAGCCGAUCACACCCUCUUCCGUGAAGAGGACCGCUCGCACGCCUGCCAAGGCCACCAGAUCCGUACGCCAACAGCUCACGCUCACCGAGGAGGCGGAGGAGGUCGAGGCCAAGCCGGAAAUCCCCAGUCCCAGUCCAAGUCCAGUGCCCAAGGGCGGCAAGAGGGAGCGGAAGGCCAGUGCCACCCCAAGUCCCGUGCCUGGCCGUACGCGUACCGGCACACCCACACUGCUCAGUGGUGAGAAGCGGGUGACCCGCUCCAUGUCCCAAACGCCACCAAUGGCGUCCAGCAACUCAUCGCCACAAGCAGUGGAGAGUGCUAAGGCUAAGACUAGUACCAGAGGCAGACCCAAAGUCGCCAUCAGGGUGGAGAAACUACCGAUGGACAAGACAUCCGCGAAGAAGGCGGAUGCGGUCAAACAAUUGGUACUCCAGGAGAAACUCAAGGAAAAGGAAUCCGCCGAGGAAGACGUUGGUUCUCCCAAGGAUAGACAAUCGUUCUUAAAGACAUUCAACACACUUGCCCAAAUCGAGGCUUCAAGCAAUGCUUUUAAAGCUGCUGAAACCGCUGACUCUUCGGAAAUUAAGGACUCGGCUACCGAAACUCCCAAGAAAACGGAAGAGAAGAAGGUCGAAACUCCACAGAAGGUUCAUCCAGUGGAGACUCCCAAAAUUGUAAAGAAAGAUUCAGCUGCCGAUACAUCCAAGCAAGUCGAAACUCCCCAGAAGGUUAAACCUGUUGAGACUCCCAAAAUUGUACAGAAAACGGAAUCUGUUGCGGCAGCCCCCAAAAACGUAAAGAAAGUCGAAACUCCGCAAAAAAUUUCAGCUAUGGAGGCUCCUAAAAUUGUAAAAAAAAACGAAACUCCGCAAAAGAUUUCAGCUAUGGAGGCUCCCAAAAUUGUAAGCAAAAUCAAAACUCCGCAAAAGAAUUCAACAAUGGAGUCUCCCAAUAUUCUAAAAAAAAUUAAAACUCCGCAAAAGAUUGUAUCUGGGGAGUCUCCUAAAACUGUAAAGAAAAUUGAAACUCCGCAAAAGAUUUUAUCUGUGGAUUCUCCUAAAAUUGUAAAGAAAAUCGAAACUCCGCAAAAGGUUUCAUCAGUGGAUUCUCCUAAAAUUGUAAAGAAAAUUGAAACUCCGCAAAAGAUUUCAGCUAUGGAGGCUCCCAAAAUUGUAAACAAAAUCAAAACUCCGCAAAAGAAUUCAACAGUGGAGUCUCCUAAUAUUCUAAAGAAAAUUAAAACUCCGCAAAAGAUUGUAUCUGUGGAAUCUCCUAAAAAUGUAAAGAAAAGUGAAACUCCGCAAAAGAUUUUAUCUGUGGAUUCUCCUACAAUUUUAAAGAAAAUCGAGACUCCGCAAAAGAUUUCAUCAGUGGAGUCACAUAAAACUGUAAAGAAAAUGGAAACUCCGCAAAAGAUUUCAUCAGUGGAGUCUCCUAAAAUUUUAAAGAAAAUGGAAACUCCGCAAAAGAUUUCAUCAGUGGAGUCUCCUAAAAUUGUAAAGAAAAUGGAAACUCCGCAAAAGGUUUCAUCAGUGGAGUCUCCUAAAGUUGUACAGAAAAUCGAGACUCCGCAAAAAGAUCAACUUGUAGAGGUUCCUAAAACUGAAGAGAAAUCCGAGAUUGAGGGCCAUACAAUUGAAAAGAAAACACAAACUCCGCAGAAGGUUGUUUCUAUUGAAUUGAUAGACACAAGCCCAGAAAAAGAUGAGUCCAUGGAGGAGCAAGAGUUUUUGGAUGCAGAAGAAUCGCAUGUUGAGGCUGAGCCACAAGGCGAAGAGCCAAUGCUGGAGGAAGAACUAGAGGAGAUAAUCAACCUCGACAACGAUGAGCCCGUAUUUUCUCCCCAGGCUGAAGAUGAGGUAGAUGAAAGCGAGGAAGCUCCCCAAGAUGAAGCCAUGGAAGUAACAGAGAAAAGCAAGGUCGACGUGACCGAGGUUGUUUAUCUACCGAACCUGACUCCCGGCAUUAAAUCUCGUGUAGUGACCUCCCCAGUCGAACAGAAAAAAUCGGUGGGCUUCAACAACGACGGUGAUGACUUGGAGGUCGAAAAGACUCGUUUUCCAAAGACUCCCGGUCGAGAGAAGGUGCCAGUUUACCGCACUUUGACUCCGAAGCCAGAGACGCCAUUAAAACUAGCCCUUCAAAAGGGUCGAAAUAGUUCCACGCCUAUAAUGAAGGACCCAGAGCGAGCGCUGUCCAUCAGCAAGGCGGAAUUGCAGGCAGCUCCUCCCCAAAUUGAUGCUAUUAAGUCAUUCGAUGAGCUGGAAUCGGAGAAUGGCAAGGAUGAGGAGGUGCAGCCAGCCAACAAGUCAACCCGUAAGGAUGUGAACGAAAUCCUGGCUCGCCUCGAAAGCUCCGACGAAGUGGAGGAUGCAGAAGACGAGGAGCAGCACGAAGAAGAUGAAAACAUUCCCGAGUUCGUGGACCUGGAAGCUGAAGAUGCUGGGGAUGAUUACGUGUCCGGGGACUCGAUGGACAGUUCGAUGCGGCGGGAGAUGGAGGAGAAUGAAAUUCCACACGAUGGGGAGUCCGUUGGCAGUAAGGACACUGAAGAGUCGACCCCAGAGGAAUCUGAAGGCGACGAUUCCUUUAUUGUCUCCGACAAUGAGGAGGAUUUGGGUGAACUUUGCUACUCCUCAGACGAGGAAGAAAUCGAAGAUGUUCCUCCUCAGAAUCCCGAGAAGAACAGCAGCAAGCGUCGCCGCAUUAUGGUGCACAGUUCCAGUGAGGAAGAGGAGGUCGAAGACCAAGUCAAGGAGUUGAACCAGAGCAAAUCGGAGAAGCCCAAGAACCAGAGCAACUGUUCCUCGAAUGCCAGCAAACUAAGCGAGGCUGCCCAAUUGAUGAAUGCCAGCGAGGAGAAGUCUUCGAUCUCGGAAGCCGAACUGGAGAGAUCCCGCCAAGUCGCCCUCAACGAAUUGAACAAGUCCGAGAGAUUUAACAAGACAGAAACGCGCCUGGACGUCAGCGUCAUGGAGGUUGACUCCUCGGACCACGAUGAAGUGGAGGAGGAGACCACUAUGAAGUCCAAAGCUAAGGUCAACAGAAGUGUGUACGAGAUCAUGGACUCCGACGAUGUGGAGGACAUCGAGGAAGCUGGUAAGAAAGUUGAUUCCGAUGAGAAAGAGGAAUCACAUGAGAACGAAGAAUCCGAUGAGAAAGAGGAGUCUGCUGAGAACGAAAAAUCCGAUAAGAAAGAUGAAUCGCAUGAGAACGAAGAAUCCGAUGCAGAUGAGCCAUCCGAAAACAAAGGCUCUCCUGCCACUAGAAAAUCCACAUCGUUCCAGGCCCAAAAAUCCUCCAAAUCGGCAGAUGAAGAAGCUCUGCUCGCUGAAUUGGCGUCUAGUAAUCUGAACCACUUGGCAACAAUGUUUAAUCCGCUUCAGAAAUCCCGUCGCCAGUCCCUGUAUGUAGCUGGUACAGAGCUGGCAGCCAAGGAACCGAAAUUGAGACGCCGCAGUGAUCGUGCCAAUGUCGCCAGUGACUUCUGUCCCUCGCAAUCCUUUGUUCAGAUGGUGGCCGAGAAAAAACAGCAGAAGAACAAGCGCAAGCGGCUCUCCAAGAGCUUGUCGGGCGCUCCCGAGGAUCUUGAGGAAAUGGAGAUCCAGCACGAGCGCAAGCGUUUAAAGAGUUCGCAUGAUGACUCCACGGAAUUUGUGGGGGAAGAUCACGAGAACGAGGAGGCGUCUGUCGUCGAGGAAGAUGCUAGCGAGGAGGAAGUUUCGGCAGAAGUUUCUAAAAAAGACAUCGCUUCACCCCCAAAAACAAAUAAGUCUCCAGAAAAAGAAGAUGCCAUUGAAGAAUCGCCCUCGGAGGAGCCCACAACUUCUCAAGACCCGAAUCCACCCGAGGAGGGUCCAAAAACUUCUAAGCCUGCUGAAAACUUGCUGGUCAACAAGGAAAAGGACGCUGAGUUUUACUUGGCAUACUGUCACAAUCUCUUGGAAGCAGCCAACGAGGCCAAGUUGAAGGAGAAGAAAGAGCAACUUGCCACGGGAUCGAAGCCCAAGAAACCAAAGCGACUGGCUGCGCAAGCAGCUCCCAAACCCUUGGACACCGCUAGCUCCUCGAACGCCGAAAAACCGAAGGCUAAGCCUUCCGCGCAGCCACCUCCGCUCAAGAAGGACAUUAAGCGUCUGCAGGCAGCACGCCAGGCUGUGAACCAUGCUGUGAACCUACUCGCGCCACCAAAAGCCGCGGAUGGAGAGCCUCGCACGCUCUCGCGCAAAUUGUCGCCACAGCCGCCAGUGGUGGACAAAUCGGCCAAGCAGAAGAAGCAGGCGAAGAAACCAAAGGCACAGGAGUCAACACCGCCAAAGAGUUCGGAUGAGGAGAACCACGGCCACCGGGUUAACCGCAUCCGCACAAAUGCCGGCUACGUGACGGUGGUCGAUGAGCCAGUUCAGAAAAUUCCCAAGAUCGAGCUGAUCAAGACCAGUUCGGGUCUGGUGCGCGUGGAGCCGGUCACUCCCAAGCAGAAAUACUUCCGUGCGCUGCCUCCUACACCAAAGUUGCAUGGGUUCCGCGAGGAGCCAGGACCCUCCGGCAUGUCAAGGAAGCGCUCCAAACAUCCGGCAACAAAGGCGAAGAUCGCCAAAAUCAAUCCCGCCAAACAGUCGGCGCUGCGCUUCAAGGAGCAGAUAUUUGCUCGCAAAUCUUAGGAUAAUCGAAUCUAGUAUUAGCGGUUUGAAAUGUCAAGUGUACACAAUGCAUACUUUAAAUUUUUGUUUCUUUUCUUUAUUUUUUCCCCCAAUGUGAAUUUGAUUUAUCUAUUAUUUGUUCUUUUCAAUAUUUGUUUUGAAACAUGACUUCAACUUGCCCUUUAUUAUACUUUUGAUCCAUUACGUAUUCACAGCCAUCACAUACACUACCCAGAAAUAAAUUUAUGUUUGUUGAAUCUGAAA